AUGUUCAAGGCUCUGGUGGUUUUACUGCUCAGCCAUCUAGCUGCUGCUUCUUUGACUAUCACCGUCCCUACCUCCAAUCUCCUCCCUAACCCACAUGCCCUUCCGGCUUCCACCCAUGCUACCUUGACCACCCUCCCCGCCAGCAAUGGCGACGACGGCCACCUCCUGACAGCUCCGUUAUCCCACAUAUCCACCUUUGCCUUCCGCGAUAUCCCCGUACAACAGGGCUCAUACUUGCUGGAUAUCCGUUCCAGUGAAUAUAUCUUUGCUCCUUACCGGGUGGAUAUUGCCGCCGAUGGAUCCGUCCUGGGCGUUUGGGAGACCUUCCGCGGAAACCCUUGGGAUAACCGUGGCGCCGAGAAAUACGUAGUUGAUGUCGCUGUUGCUGGCAAGAAACAGUCGGAUGUGGUUGUGGAGGCAAAGCUUCUGGGUCGUAGAGGCUUCUUUGAAGAACGCGCUAGCUUUUCCCCCAUGAGUCUGCUUAAGAACCCUAUGCUUCUGUUGGCUGUUGCUGCUUUGGGUCUCACCUUUGGUAUGCCCAAGUUGAUGGAAAAUAUGGAUCCGGAAAUGCGCGCUGAGUUCGAGGAACAGUCACGUUCGUCUGCGUUGACUGGUGCGACAGGCAAUGCUAUGGCUGGAGGCAAUUUUGAUUUGGCUGGCUGGAUGGCUGGCACCUCGCCUGGUCCUAUGGCGAAUGCUGAGCCUACUGCGGGCGGUGCUACCGGGCGUGACAGUGGUGCUGCGACCAGGCGCCGUGGUUAA